AUGUGGGGUGCUCAGGCCAGCAACGAAUCCACUUCCAGUCAGCCAGACUCUUCGAUUUGCAAGAGCUGCGUUCCAUCGCCCGCACCUGAUGAGGUUCUAGUCGAACUAAAGUAUUCGGGUCUGUGCCAUUCCGAUAUUCAUGCAUGGAAAGAGGGACAUGAGGGCACGGGUAUCGUGACGGCUAUUGGAAGUGAAGUAGAAGACAUCAAAGUUGGAGAUCAUGUGGGCGUGCAGUGGGUGAACAAAACUUGUGGUGUCUGUGAGGCCGACAAGCGGGCCGACUUUCUGGCUUGUUCUCAAGCCCAAAUGACGGGCUUCUCUGUUGACGGGACCUUUGGCACUUGCUGCGUCAUUCAAGCCCGUCAUGCUGUCCGUAUCCCGAAGGAGUAUCCCCUCGACACCGUGGCACCUAUAAUUUGUGCCGGAACCACAUGCUUCAGAGCUGUGGAAGAAACCGAGGUAGCAGAAUGCGACAUUUUAGCUGUUGUUGGACCCGCAAGUGGCAUCGGAUCACUGGCAUGCCAGUACGCUAAAGCCCAUGGUUGUCGGGUACUUGCAAUCUCCACUGGAGGUGAGGGUCAGAUUUUAUACAAGGACAAUCUUCGGGUUGAUUUCUAUGUGGACUACCAUACAUCCCAAGACAUUGUGACGGAAGUCCGAAAGCUAACCGUCGGUGGUCCUGACGCGGCCAUUAUGAUCGAGGGCACUGAAGCACUUCUAGAGGAUACUACUCAGUAUGUUCGGCCUCGAGGGUCUAUUGUUGUUGUGGGGAAGCCCCCAGGAAAAACAGGAGGUUUGGACAUGUCUAACCUGCUGCUGCGAAUGGGUCAAAUCAAGUCGUCUCCCUACGGCGGUUCGAGAGAGCAGAUUGAAAAGGCUAUCGACAUAUUCAUUAAGAAUAAGUUCUAUCAACCUUCUCAUGUUAUAUCGCUUGAUGAACUACCUCAGAUGCUUCAAGCCGUACACCAGGAAUACCCCGAGAAUCAUUCUCAUAGGCCAAGCUCACGAUACGAAAGUAGCUUGCUGGGGCAGGCAACAGUCAAGAUCCCCUCGUUCAGUGAGAACACUCGAUCCGAGGAGACUUUCCCAAAGCCUACAUUCUAUCAAGAGAGCUUCAAUAUCAGCACUUACAUUGCGUAUCGUUUGGAGGAGCUCGGAAUCCGCGACUUCCUAGCUGUGCCUGGGGACACAAACCUUGUACUUCUGGAUAAUCUGCUCAAGAAUCCCAAUCUCCGAAUGAUUGGGUGCUGUAACGAGCUCAAUGCAGGUUACGCAGCAGAUGGCUACGCCAGAACUUCGCCCGCGAACAUCGCCGUUCUUAUCGUACCAUAUGUGGUAGGGGCUCUUUCAGCCCUAAAUGCAGUGGCAGGCGCUUGCUCUCAAAACAUCAAGAUCAUCGUUCUCUCUGGUUGCCCAACAACAGGGAUGCUAUCUAGUCGGAAGUUCUUGCAUCAUGCACCUAGCGCAACGAACAGAGAACAAGCUCUCGAUGCCUAUCAGGGCGUCACUGCCGCCUCUAUUCGUCUUCAAUCAGCAGAAACAGCUGUUCAAGCCUUGGAUGACGCUAUAAGCAAGUGUCUCGCGUCCUCCCUUCCCAUUUUUAUUGAAGUUCCCAAUGAUAUUGCAGGAGCUGCAUGCUCCCCUCCUUCUCCGUUCGAAAUAUCUAAGACAAUAACCCAAACUCGCAGAAAUGAGGAAGCCGUCAAUGCUAUCACUGGGGCUUGGAAUAAAUCGGAGAAGCCUGUCCUCCUCUUUGGGAGCCUUGCGCGUCGUCUGCUUCCCGCGCAUGACAUUGAAGCCCUAGCUGAUAGACUCUGCUGUGCCGUAUUUUGCCAGCCCGAUGGCCGCUGCAUAUCUGAAUCGCACCCGCAGUAUUGUGGCCAAUUAUGGAAUGGUCUCACAAAUCCGGAAGGAGAAAAGGUCUUCAUGAACUCUGAUCUCUGGCUCGUUGUCGGUGCAAAUUGGUGCGACUUUCAUGGUAUCUUCACCAGCAUUGACGAAGCAAAGAGCCGCAUGAUCAGCAUCGGCAAAGAUUGGGUCGAAUUGCCCGAUGAAACAUGCUUUCAAGGCAUAGGCUUUGCCGCGGUGGUUAGACAACUUACCCAAUCAUCGAUGGAACCCAAGCACAAGUCAGUUCCACGGCCAAAGCCGACCCUGGGGGCAAAGCCUCCACAAACGGAAGACCUUGAGGCUCCUUUAACAUUGGAGCAUGCUAUGUAUGGCAUUCAAAACAUUCUGCGAAGUGAUGACACAAUGCUUUGUGACGCAGGAGAGGCUUGGUUUCUCGCUAAUCAUAUACGGCUUCCUCCCGGGACAGACUGCCAAAUCCAAAUGCCGUAUUGCUCCAUUGGUUGGGCACUACCGGCUGGACUUGGCGCUCAGCUUGCCCGCUCGCGGGGCCGUUCGAUCAUUCUGAUCGGCGAUGGUGGGUUUCAAAUGACCGCACAGGAGGUCAGCACCAUUGUUCGUCAGCAUUUGAAUCCGAUCAUCAUCAUUUUCAACAACCUUGGCUACAAGAUCGAGACGACCGUCCACGAUGGGCCGUAUAACUACAUCGCCAACUGGAACUAUUCUCAGCUGGCCGCUUCUCUCUCCGCAAGCCCUCAUGCAUCCUCUCAUAACCCUUAUGCGACCAAGAAGCAGGAGUAUAUGGAAAGUAAUCCGUCGUUGUUCACCCUGCAAGUCAAGACGCAGAGAGAUCUCGAAGCGGCCCUCAAGAGAGCAUAUGACGAGCACGAUAAGCUUGCCUUUCUCGAGCUGUGCAUUCAACCGGAUGAUUUGAGCCAGGAGGUACGUCGGCUUGGCAAAGCAUUUGCGCAGAAGAAUGCCGAAUAA